AUGGCAGUGUCAGGACGUAUUGGGGACACUGAAGAAUACAGGGAGACGAUGAGGAAACUUGAACAGAAAAUGAAAGAGCUUGAUGAAAUAACGAAAAGGGCAAAUGUCGAAGACAAGGAGAUAAAUAUAAGCAAACUUAAGUCCUAUCUACAAGACAUCAAAGCUUCUCAACAGCACGAAAAACUUUACAUCAACAUUAAACAAGCUCAGUCUAAACUAAAGUCAGAUGAAGUUCAAAAAGCAGAAGAAUCCUUGGCUCAGACAUACACACAAUAUAGAUUUGUACGCAGCAAAGAUUUAGAGAAUGCGAUAUCAAAGCAGGAAAUAUUUGGGAAGCUGAGUGACCCCACCAACGUGGUUACUUCAAAAGAGAAGAAAACAAUGGACAAAUUAAAGUAUAAAGAUGAUAUAAAUGUACGCACAAAAUCAGAUAAGAAUGAUUGUGAUAUUACAGGAUGUGCAGUCUUGUCCUCUGACAAAAUUGUGCUGGUUGAUGAGGAUAACUGUAAACUGAAAGUUAUGGACAGGCAAAGUAAAGUCGUAAUAGAGGAGAAGUCAUUUGAUUCCAAACCAAGAGACAUUACCGUACUACCUCAAGAUCAGAUUGCUGUAACAAUGCCAGAGUGUGAAGAAAUCUAUAUAAUGUCAACAGCUGGUAAAUUGUCAGUUGUCUGCAAGAUUCCAGAUACAGGAACAUGUAGAGGUAUAACGUACCACCAAGAUCAUCUCUAUGUGGUUUGCUGGGAUCCUCACUGUGUGCGUAUUUUAGACAUACAAUAUAAUGUUCAGAACACAAUUUCCCUCAAUCGUAAGGUAUUUGACAGCCCUAACUCUAUUGUGUUCAAUGAGGAUUCUAGGCUUAUCUAUAUAAAUAACUAUUGGACAGAUAAUGUAGCCAGCAUAACGUUACAAGGUGAUGUAUCUGCCGUAUACAAGAAUAAGGAUGUUAGGAAACCACAUGGAAUGCUGAUGUUAGAAGAUGGCUCAUUGCUGGUUUGCUGCAUGAACUCUGGUAUCAUACAUCUUAUCUCGGGAGACUGGAAGCAAGGUCAUACAAUGAUUGAAG